GGAAACCUGUUGCUGUGACUCAUUCAAGAGGUCAUGGAGCAAAACCAAACCCAGAGUCUAAUUUAGCCUGGGAAAGAGAUCAGUGGAUGAAGAAACCGACCAAUGCUCACUUGAAAGGGCCGACGACUAAAACUUUGGAAGAUGUGGACAAGGAUGACAUAGAGACAUGGGAACAUACUGGUGGGAUUGAUGCUGCCCCAGGAGCAUCAGGGAACACCAACAACUUCCAGUCCCUGGCUGAGAUUGCUUCCUGCAGUUACGAGGCUAGAAAGGCUGGAGUGAAGAAUGGAAUGUUUGUGGGAACAGCCUUAAACCUUUGCCCUGACCUGCAGACGAUUCCAUACGACUUCAGCGAGUAUAAUCGGGUGUCUAGAAUCCUGUAUGAUGUUGUAGCCAGCUACACACACGACAUUGAAGCUGUCAGCUGUGACGAGAUGCUGAUUGACUGCAACGAUGUCAUGUCAGACACUGGCGCUUCACCCACUGAGUUUGCCCAGAUGUUGAGGGUAGAAAUCUUGGAGAAAACCGGCUGUACAUCUUCUGUUGGCAUUGGUCCCAACAUACUCCUGGCAAGACUAGCAACAAGGAGGGCCAAACCAAAUGGUCAGUUUGAGGUCACUGCCACUGAGGCAAAGGAUUUCAUUGAAGAUAAGUCUGUCUCAGAUUUACCUGGUGUUGGCUACUCAAUGUGUAGGAAGUUGACAUUACUUGGUGUGACUACUUGUGGGGAUUUGCGGAAGAUAGCAGUGUCCACUUUGAAGCAAGAGUUCGGCCCCAAAACAGGCGAAAUGUUGCAUAAUUUCAGCAUGGGCCAGGAUGGUCGAGAAAUCAAGGGAGACAAGCAGAGAAAGUCAGUGUCAGCAGAAGUGAAUUAUGGGAUCAGGUUUUCAAAGGAGACAGAAGCCGUGACCUUUCUCCAGGAUUUGUCGUCCGAGGUGAAGAGGCGUAUGGAUGCCAUUGGGGUCAAAGGUCGCAGUAUCACCCUGAAAUUAAUGGUCAGGAGGCCUGACGCACCAGUGGAGACAGCAAAGUUUAUGGGCCAUGGAAUAUGCAACACGUUUAACAAGUCCAACAACUUGCCUGUGGCAACCAGUGAUGAAAAAGUCAUCGCUAGGGAGGUUGUUUCCCUUUACCGUGCCCAUAGAGUGCUGGCCUCGGAUGUGAGAGGGAUUGGCAUACACAUCAACAAGCUGGAGAGAACAGUAAAAGCUAAAGGGGCUGCUUCCGGAGCACGAGGGUCUGGGUACCAGGACAUCACCAGCUUCACUGUCCACAGAUCCUCACAUACCACUGCCAGCGCUGGCUCAAAUGUUACCUCAUUCGCAGCUUUCACUACCACCACUGGCUCAGCUGUUUCCUCAACUACAGCCACCACAGACUCAGCAGCUUCCUCAUUGGCAACCACCACCACCAGCAUCAAGUGUGCAGCAACAACAUACUGUAUAUCUCCACCCACCACCUCCUCAGCUGUUACUAGUUCAAGCUGCAACAACACCUCCUCCACUUCGCCAUACACAUCUUUACGAAGCUCCAAAAGAGAAUUAUCUGUGCAACGGCAGACACUGAGGUUUAAACCAAGCACUACAGGGAAUACGGAUAUCUCAGAUUCACCUAACAUAUUUCAUAAAGCUACCUGCACCACACAAAAUGGAUCUAUUGACUCCAGUGUCCUGCAUGAGUUGCCUGUGGAGAUAGCUGAAGAGAUUUUGGAAGAUUUGAGAGUGAGAAGGCAGCGGAAGACAGGUUCAUCUAUGGUAUCACCAGCCUGGACUCCUGAGUGUGCUUCGGCCAACACAAAUGGUACUUUGCCUGUGCAAGACUCAGGUAUAUCUGCUGAAGCUGCAAAUGAUGAUUUUCUUUUGCUUGUUAAGCUGGACUUGAGCUGCUUUCAUGCUCUGCCCUUACAUCUUCAAGAUGAGCUGCGGGUUGAAUAUGCCAGACAGGAAGUGACAUCACAGAGGUCAGCAGACAAGAAGGCAGCUCUUGCAGAAGAACACUUAACAGAGUUAAAGUCACCAUCAAAGAGUAACAAAGGCAGACAGGCUGUAGUGAAAACUUCCAGGAAGCCGAGUACAAGAGGUCGUCAGCCUGGAAAGAGAGCACUCAACUUCGGCAACAGCAAAAUCUUGUCUCAUAGAAGAGACAAUGAUCGUCAG